AGCUGAGCCGCCUGAGGGGAUUCGGCAGCGGCGGCGUUAGGACAGCCCUAAGCCCCCGAAAAUAGAGAGAGAAAGAAGAUAAGUAAAGGAGGGCGAAGAGGCCGCCCCUGCAGCGUUUCUAUGGGGGGCCCGGAUUCCCAAAUUUGAGAAAGCCAUUCAGCUCCCUUCCCCCCACAACAUGUGGGGCUCCAGCUUCAAUGCUCUGUAAUCCUGGAGCAUUAAUCCUAAAGGCACUUAAAGGCAUUGUCACUGUUUGUUUGAUAGACUUCCCCCACCACACACCCUUAGAAAGGCUUCUCAAAAGAACUGUCUUGGAAGUCAUGUCCCAGCUAGGCUUUGCUUGCCAGCCUCCUCCUGAUGUUGACACUGAUGACUGUCUUCCGGAAUACUCCUACCUCUUCAGUCCAGACAUUCUCAAGGGCAAAGUUGCAUUCAUCACUGGCGGCAGCUCCGGCAUUGGAUUCCGCACAGCUGAGAUUCUGAUGAGGCAUGGCUGUCAUACUAUCAUUGCCAGCAGGAACCUUCAGAGGCUAACAGAGGCUGCCAAGAAACUGUCAGUGGCCACUGGCCAGCGAUGCCUGCCCCUCACGCUGGAUGUCAGGCAGCCACAGAUGAUCAUGGCAGCUGUGGAUGAGGCCCUCAAGGAAUUUGAGAGGAUUGAUAUCCUUGUCAACAAUGCUGCUGGAAACUUCCUGUGCCCAGCCAGUGCUCUGUCCUUCAAUGCCUACAAAACCGUGAUUGAGAUCGACACCUUGGGAACAUUCAACGUCUCCAAAGUGCUGUAUGAGAAGUGUCUCCGUGACCAUGGCGGAGUCAUUGUCAAUAUCUCGGCAACCCUGAGCUACAGAGGUCAGGCUCUCCAGGUGCAUGCGGGGACAGCUAAGGCAGCCAUAGAUUCAAUGACAAAACAUCUGGCUGUGGAAUGGGGUCCUAAUGGAAUCAGAGUGAAUAGCUUGGCGCCAGGUCCUAUUUCGGGUACAGAGGGUCACCGCCGUUUAGUUCAGCCUCACCCGGAAGCACAAAACCUCUUUCGGAAUAUCCCCCUCCAGCGGGUGGGGAACAAGACGGAGAUUGCCCAUAGCGUCCUGUACCUGGCCAGCCCCCUCGCCUCAUACGUGAGCGGCACAACCCUGGUGGUGGACGGCGGGGCCUGGAUGACCUCCGAGAACAACUUCCCCGCACUGUUGGGUAUUGCCUCACACUCUGCUAAGCUCUAGGCGUCUGGGCUACAGAAUUAAAGAAAGAGAAAUGAAACAUGACCCUGGGAACCUGGCGGAUGGGACACUGCAACUUCGACGCUACUCUCCGCAGAGCCAAAGGAGUCAGCCACUCACCUCCUCUAGCAGCAAGAUAACUUUUAGACAACAGUGGUAAUGGUCCUGUUUGAGAUUGAUGCUGGGCGCAGAGGCUAGGAUGUUGCAGCCUAUUAUAUUCUCACCUAAAAGCUCUCUCUUGAAUGCCCAUGAAUGCCUUGUGUGGCACAAAACCGUUGUCUGGAGUGGCAGCCUGGAAGAACAGAGAUUUGGCUUGAUUUACAUUUAAACCUUGACUGCCUUUGCUUUGCCUGUGCUGUUUGCCACCUGAGCCUUUUUGUCAAGGAAAGGGGUGAGUGUGUCCGUCCGUCUGUGUUGUAUAUCUGCCCCUCCAGCCUGAAUCCUCUCCACCUCUAAUCUUCAUGGUUCUGGACCAAACAGGGUGAUUCUGCACUUUUUUGCCAAUGCUCUUUAUUUUUCUGUUAGGGGAAAUACCUUUCUCCCCGUCAAAAAACCCCAACACUCUUCUUUUUUAUCUAAUAAAUUCCAUAUGCAAUUUUU